AUGAGCAGAACACGAAGCGCAGAAGAAGGUAUAAAGCAUGCUACAUGGUUCGUGCAUCCGCUGUUAAACGCGCUCGGUGCCUGGCCGGUCAACGCUACAUCGUCAGUGCUCUCGAAGAGUCUGAAAUGGUGUUUGAUUCUUCUCAUUUACUUCCUACAAUUCGCUGUUAUGAUACCGAGCACGCUGUUCGUAAUUCUGAAAGUGAAGAACGGCAGAAAUCGGAUUAAGCUGAUAAUGCCGCAUUUUAACUCCGCGUGCCAGCUGUGCAAGUACACUAUACUGCUACUACGGAGCAACGAAUUCCGUAAAUUGUUAGACAACAUGAAGGAGGAUUGGUCGAGUGCUACGAAAGAUGAUCAAUGGAUCUUACGAACGAGAUCCAGCAUUGGGCAUAAAGUGAUGAUGGCAAUAGCAAUCUUGAUAUACACCGGCGGUGUCAGCUUACGAACGAUCAUUCCGCUUUUAAAGGGCAAGAUCGUUCUACCGAAUAACAUGACCAUCAGACGUCUACCGUGUCCAGGUUACUUUGUUUUCUUCAGCGAACAACUUACACCGAAUUAUGAGAUAAUUUUUGUCCUGCAAGUUGUCUGUGGACUUGUCAACUAUACCACGGUAUGUGGAACAGUCGGGCUUUGUGCAAUGCUUUGUCUACACAUGUGCAGCAUGCUGAGGAUCUUGGCGAACAAAAUGAUCGAGCUUUCGAAUCAGUCGAACUCAGACGAAAAGGCUGUACAGGAGAAGAUCAUCGACAUCGUUGAACGUCAAAUAAAAAUUAAAAGGUGA